CCAGCCCGCCGCCCGCCGCCCGACUCGCCCUGUCCGCCCCUGCAGCCCGGCGUCCGUAGGUGCGUCCGGAGCGCCGCAGCCUCACCAUGCUGGGCAUGAUCAAGAACUCGCUGUUCGGGAGCGUAGAGACGUGGCCUUGGCAGGUCCUGAGCAAAGGGGGCAAGGAAGAAGUCUCCUACGAGGAGAGGACCUGUGAAGGCGGGCAGUUUGCCACGGUGGAAGUGACGGACAAGCCCGUGGAUGAGGGUCUGCGCGAAGCCAUGCCCAAGGUCAUGAAGUAUGUAGGGGGCACCAACGACAAGAGAAUCGGGAUGGGCAUGACAGUGCCUAUUUCCUUUGCCGUGUUUCCAAGUGAGGAUGGCUCCCUACAGAAGAAAUUAAAAGUCUGGUUCCGGAUUCCAAACCAGUUUCAGAGCAACCCGCCAGUUCCCACCGAUGACAGCGUUAAGAUCGAGGAGAGGGAAAGCAUCACCGUCUAUUCUCUCCAGUUUGGCGGUUAUGCCAAGGAGGCCGACUACGUCGCGCACGCCACUCAGCUGCGGGCCGCCUUGGAGGGCACAGCCACCUGCCGGAGUGACCUCUACUUCUGCACUGGGUACGACCCUCCCAUGAAGCCCUACGGACGCCGCAACGAGGUCUGGCUGGUGAAAGCAUGAGGAAUGCUCUGACUUAGACCUUCUGGACGUGUGUUUCUGUGUCCACUUCCUCGGGGGAGAGGGAGGAGCAAAAGCUUAACCAACUUUCCUCCUGAGCCCUUCACUGCCAGUUUCCUGAAAUCAGCGUAUUCUGUCUCUGCUUUUUCUCGUGGUGGGAAGCAAUACAGCCCGGGCAUCCUUCUAACUGACUUAGAAAGCUCUGUGGUAGCCCAGAAAAAAAACAUCAGCCACUCUUUCCCAGCUCUCUGGGCCACUCAGAACGGCUUUUUCAAAAGUAUCGAACCUGUAUUUUUGCUAAUGAGGGAAAAAUGUGAUCUGUGCAUGAUCUUUCAUCGUGGUUCCUAUAAGAUCUUUGAAAAGACACUGAAAAUAAAGAUCUUUGAUUGAAACAGCU